AUCAUCUGGUUGGCCAAAGCAAACUUUCUACAAUCGUCGUUCACAGUUCACACCACACGCAAAAGCAAUCAGCUUAUAUUUUAUUUUAUCGCUUCAGAAUGGGCGUGUAAGAUCUUCUGACUGAAUCACAGGAAAACUUCUUGGUUGGUCCGGCGGACUUCCUUCGCUGCAGCAUAUAAAUGGUCGGACACAUGACGGGACCCCACGGAUCUGUGAGAAAAAUGUCGAUGCUAGACAACAACCAGCCACAGCCCAAAAUCCAAAAUAUCCCCUCAAGACUGUUGAAUGACGCUGAAAAUGAACAAGUUUUCAAGCUCCUCGGUCACAAAUGCCAGACCAUGGCAACGGCGGUUGUUCAGUUAUUCAGCAGCGAACCUCCUCACCAUUCAAGCUGGGUGCAGAGAGACUGUGGGGUGCUAUGUCUAGUCAAGGACAACAUCAGGCGCUCGUACUUCUUCCGGGUUUAUUGUCUGACGAGGAGGAUAUUAAUUUGGGAGCAGGAAGUCUACAACCACAUCGACUACAAGUCUCCGAAGCCUUACCUUCACACCUUCGAAGCUGAGGAUGGAAUUACUGCUUUCAAUUUUGCUGAUGAAGAUGAGGCCUACCGACUUCGAACGGCUUUGCUGCAGAAGAUGGAGACGAAAAGGCAGAGGAAAAUUGAAAGGAGAAAUCGCAUGUCCAUGCUGGGGCCUCCUCCAGACAGACCAUCGCCUGCCAGUCAAAAUGGUCCUCCACCUCUGAUGGCAUCCAAAGCCGCCUUGUCGCAACAUCGCAUGAACACUUCAGUGGUCAGCAAAAAUCGGAAGGAUAAAGACCGAAAGCUGACCAAGGCAGACAUUGGGCUGCCUCAAGACUUCCGCCAUGUGACGCACAUUGGCUGGGAUCCAAACAAGGGCUUUGACAUGGACAACGUGGCUGACCCCCAGCUCAAGCAAUUCUUCGACAAGGCAGGCGUCAAAGAGUGCCAACUUCGAGAUCCCCAGACUAGGGAAUUCAUUUACGAUUUCAUCUCUCAGCACGGAGGAAUCCAGGCUGUGAAAGAGGAAGUUGUCGAGGUGGCCCAAGGACCUCCACCCCCAGUUCCGGUGCGCACAGCCCUCUCACAACCUGUGGAACUAAAAAGGGGUGCGCCUCCUCCGCCUCCGGAUAGAAUUCGGGCCACUCCACCGCCUCCGUCGCAACAAGUCGCUGCACCGCCGCCCCCUCCUUCUCGAAACGUCAUUGGAGGUGUUGGAGGCGGCAGCAGAAUCGCGCCUCCUGCGCCAGGGCCGCCUCCUGUUUCACGGGGAGGAGGCGGAGGUCCUCCUCCACCACCGCCCCCACCGCCACCGGUGGCUAUGGAGUCGAUAGGCACCCAUUCAACUCCCUCCACCCCGAGUAUGCCUUCACCAGCACCACCUCCAAUGGCAGGAGGAGGUGGCGGCGACGCCGACCCCAGAACAGCCCUGAUGGAGGCAAUCAGGGGUGGAAGACAACUGAAGAAAGUUGAACCUACUUCGAACCCUGCGCCGGUUGUUGUUGACGCUCGAUGCGACCUGUUGGACGAAAUCAGGAGGGGCAAGGAGCUGCGCAAGGUCACGCCCGGAGCUUCCUCGGCGGUCAAGCAAGACAUGAAAUCGGAGAACACAUUGGCCGGCGCCCUGGCGAGAGCGUUGGCCGACCGCGCCAAGGUGAUCCAGUCGGACAGUGACGAAGAUGACGACGACGAGGAGGAUGACGACGAAUGGGACGAAUGACCCACGCCAAUCUUCCAGCCAAACGCUAGAAAGUGGACUUCCUGAUAAAUUCUGAGCACAAGCAUACAUACCAAAUAUAUUCAUCCGAAAAAAGUUGCAGAGCAGGACUUCAAGCUCAAUGCAAGUGUCCACAACAAUGGUAUUUUUGAAUGCAUUAAAUUAAUGCUAAUAAGCUUUUUAAUUUGGAUGUUUACAAUUUGAAAAUAAUGCCAAUUUUGGCAAUUUUAAUACAUCAAAUUAACCUUAUCGGCAAAUUUCUCAAUUUUUAUUUUAUUCAAGCUGUGAAAACUUAUUUCUUCAUCAGUUGGAGUCGAUUUGUGAACUGACUGAAAAAUAAUGUAACAAGGAGAAAGUUUUAGUGAAUUGUGUAGUCCCUACUCAUAUUUUUCCUCUUGUUGAUAUCCCAACAACUCUAAUAAUUACAUUAACAAAUUAUAUCAAAUGUAAACCAGUGAUGCACCUUGCAAAUAUCCAUAAUAAAAACAAAUUAACUUUUAUAUUGUGCAGAAAUCCUGAAAUGAAAAUGUAUUAUUAGCAAUUUUGUGAGUGUAUUUAAAAUGAAUCAUUGAAACCUAUAUUAAAGUUGCAAUAAAUAUAUACUAGUUGUUUAUUAUU